AAGAGAAUUCCGAGACGGACGGGUGUUACAAAAAGUAUGUGGACGCGAGACUAUAACAUGCCGGAUAAAAUAAUGGUGGAAAAAUAACAGUAUUCGAUUAAUGUCCCUUAGGAUGUAAAAGCAUUGGUGAAAUGGGAUUUGCAGUUUGUUAAUUCUUCAUCGGAAAAAAGUGGGCCGGACGUUCGGAGUGUCGUAAAUUACUCGGCGGUUUUACGACCCAGACCGGGGUAAAACUGAUGCGCGGUGGCGCGGCAGAGUCAUUGGACGAUGAAAAAAUUCUGGGUUUUUCUGCAAGAGUUUUCUUCUUAUUUUUUCAGUUUGUGAAUGUGCUUCCGAAGUAAAAGAAGUGGAAAAAAUAAGUUUUUUGUCUUGCAAGAGAAUUUUUUUGUGCGUGUGUGUAUAUAUAUUAUGGAAUACUUCAGUCCUUGGUACCACACACUUGGAGGUUGGACUAUGGUGUAGGGACCUGGAGUCACAGUUAAGAGACCCCGCCAAAGAGAUGUGACGGUCAUCGACAGUAUGGGACAGAAGUAUUCAAUGAUUUCAUGAGAUACGAUUUGGAAUUUAUUAUCAAAGUGUUAUAAGCAUGAGACAAUACAGACCUACUGUGGUGCAGUCGCUGUUGGUGAUUCUUUUAAUUUGCACCAGGAUAGCGGCAGUACGAUGGCUAACUCUUUAUCAAAGUAAGCAGAAAUCUUGGACUGACGACAAAAAUUGUUCGAAAUCUUUGGGACUUAUUGGCAAGCAGAGUAAACAAUGUAAACAAAAUCUGGACUUAAUGGGAACAGUUGCACACGCAGCUUAUGUUGCCAUGGAUACUUGUCAAGGGCAGUUUGCAGACAGAAGAUGGAACUGUUCAUCUGUUCGUAAAGCACCAAAAUUGUCACGUGAUCUCACGAGAGGUACCAGAGAGCAAGCAUAUGUAUACGCUAUAGCCUCAGCGUCUCUCGUGCAUUCAAUUGCACGUGCGUGUAGUGUGGGAGUGACCACUAAAUGCAGUUGUGGUGCCCUCCCCAACCACCCACCCCACGAGGAUUUUAAGUGGGGAGGAUGCGGGGACGAUCUGAAAUAUGGACUUCACUUCGGUGAACAGUUCACUGAUGCAGAACUGAUGAAGAAAGGCAAAAUUAGAAACUCCAAAAAGUCAAAAAUGAAUAGUCAUAAUAACGCAGCUGGACGCUUGAUAGUAGCUCAGAGUAUGACCACAGCGUGUAAAUGUCACGGAGUGUCCGGAUCCUGUUCCAUAAAGACUUGUUGGAGGUCACUUCCGGAUUUUUCUGUGAUAGGAACAACCUUAAAAAAUUUAUACGCCAAUGCCGUGGAAGUGCGGAGGAAAAAACGCAAAAAUAAGCGGAUAUUUGUCCCAGUGAGAUCUAACGUACAGAGUGUUUCAAAAAAAUCUCUGAUUUAUUUCACAAAAUCUCCAGACUAUUGUAGUCCCGAUCCAAAAACGGGGUCAGCUGGAACUCAAGGGAGGUUUUGCAGGACUGACAGUUCCGGUUGGGGCGGAUGUGACGCAAUGUGUUGUGGACGGGGCUACCGAAGCUUCACCAAGACAAUAGUAGAACGUUGUGAAUGCAAAUAUUACUGGUGUUGUUACGUCAAAUGUAAAACAUGUGAAAAGACGCUUCAUUUAAACGUUUGUCGAUAGUUGUACAGUGUACUCAAUUUAAAUGAAACUCUUCUACGGGAUGUGACUGUUAUGUGCGCUGGUGUUCAAGGUAUGGUAUUUCACACAAGCUUCUCUUCUGAAGUUGUCGAGAUACGAAAAAAAAAAUCUAACGAGCUUAGUGAAUUAACGCUGGUCACAAAGAGUGGUGAACUCGAACUUGGAGUCGUCGAGGUGAGCUUAGAGCUGGAAAACUCAAUAUUUAGCCGGUGACGUGGCACCUACCUGUAGCGGUAGCUGUUGAACCUAAUCCUACAGUCAAUGAACUCGAGCAUAAAGCGGGGGAUUUGAGUUUACAGGUGGGGAACUUGAAAAAUUACUGUGGAACGCAAUAUCAUAGUUAUCGAACUCGAGUCUGUACCUUUUAACUUCAGUUUAAACUCGAUCCUACUUGUAUGAACUCGAGCCCCCAGCUAGUAAACUCUAGCCUAUAACAUGAACUAGAGCCCUCAGUUUGUGAACUCGAGCCAUAUGAACUCGAGGUAAGUGUUGCUGAUAAAUAUUAGUAUAUAGCUGGUUAAUUGACCCGAAAAGUUCAAGCGCACAGUCUAAUGACGGUGACAUACAUACUGCCUAGAUGUUAUCAAGUGAAAUCCAAUGUUUGUAAAUAAUUUUGUCAGAUACGUCUCUUAUGUAUAGGAAACAAACUGUUACUGUUAUUUUUUUGUUGAGAUGGAAUUGUAAAUAUAUUGUUAUAUUUAUACUCUUUAAAAUAUCAUAUAAGCAUGUACAGUGUACAGGUAUCUGUAAUUAAUGUAAUUAACAUUGAAAAUCGUCUAUUUGCAUAGGCUUUAAAUUUUUAUGUACGUACAUGAUCGUAUGUGUACAGUGUAUGUUGUAUAUUAUAGAUGAAUUCUUAUUUUUAGAACAUCAUGUGUUAAUAAAUGCUAUUAUAAUGUUUCUUCCUAAAUGUUUAUAUAAUUAUAUUUUUUUGGUUUGUUUCCCUCUGUCGUGUAAAUUAUCAUCUAGAUAAUAACUAUAUAUAUACUAGUAAACUAGACCUCUCUGUACCCCACUUGUAAACUUUCCCAGCCUCUAUCUGGACUUUAUUGCACAACAUCAAUCAGAGAAAAUUACCAUUAUUCUUAAAAAGGAGGGGGGGGGUCAAUCACAAAGUAUUACGAUUAAUAUUUUUCGAAACUGAUGUCCAUCCUUCGCAAACUUAACUUGUUAGAUGCAUACUGUUGAAAACCAUGACAAUUCUGAAGUUAUCAAAAAAUAUACACCACUGUACUCAAAAAUGGUUCCACGCACAAGUUUUAAAAUUUACGUUUUUACAUAUAAAUGUCUGAUCAUAUCGGUACAGUUAAUAUCAAAUGAAUACUCACACAAAAUUUAAUUCUGCCCAUACAAAAAUUCUAGAUCUAGCACUUUUAAAACUUAACUGAGAAUACGAAAAAUUGUAUGCAUAUUGACUGCAUUAUAUUUAUUUUUUUAAUUUUUAAUAUUGAAGUCCAUCUUUUCUUUGUAAACAUUUAUAUAUUAGAUAAGGAUUCAAAUAUGUUGAAUGGUUUACACGCUCUUACCUAUUUUUUCCCUUAUGAUAUUUAAAUCUAGUUUCACAUUUUAAGAAAAUAUUUUGAAAUGCACUCAUUUUUAGGCUGUCCAAAGUUAAAUCUAUGUUUAAAGUCAUCGGUGCGCGUAACUUUUAGAGAAAUUGCCAUUAAAAAAAGUAAAUUUUAAAAUUUCUAAUCGGGUUUGUUGCUUUAACUUUUAGCAACUAAAUCUGCAUUCCACAGUAAUGGAGAAUAUUUGGGCCCUCUAUGAGGUAAACUUGAGAUGAGUACAACUGAAAUGAGUACAAUUUUUAAACUGACAGAUUUACUAAAAUGACCAUUAACCAAUAAGCCUACGUGUUACACAUAUAUUUAAGUAUUUUGAUUUGUAUAAAUGAAUAAAUACUCAUUUAACUGAUUUUUAAAAACAAAAAUUUCCCUCCCUUGUUUAGGUUAUGCAUUUUAAGGUGACGUUAAACGUAGAAUUAAUUUUAGCCAGCCUUAGUUGGAAUACAUUUUUAUCAGUUAAGAUAUUCUUUAUUCGUAAUGAAAACCACAAAUCAAAGUAGUUUUACAAGAAUAAUGUGUAAAUUUAAGCACCCAUAAUAUGAAAUGGUCUAUAAUUCUACAUCCGGGUCAUAAGUAUAUCUAACAUUAUGAUGCUCAUUGUUGUAACAAAAAUGUCUAGUAAAAUGAAGAUUAUAAAAUGAAAUAAAUAUCCUUAUAUUUUUA